CCUUCAUCCCGCGGGGGGUCCGCCCCCAGCCCCUCAUCUCCUGUAUUUGAUCCUCUGGGAUCCCUCUUUCUGAGGCGGCCAUAUGGAUACCUCGACGCCCAUGCCCCCCGUUCCCCCCUCCCCGACCUGCAACCCCGCCCCACGGACAAUCCAGAUCGAGUUCCCGCAGCACAGCUCAGUGCUGCUGGAAGCCCUGAACCGCCACAGGCUAGAGGGAAAGUUCUGUGAUGUGUCCCUCUUGGUGCAGGGCCGGGAACUUAGGGCGCACAAAGCAGUGUUGGCUGCUGCCUCUCCUUACUUCCAUGACAAACUUCUUCUGGGGGAUGCGCCGCGUCUCACUCUGCCCAGCGUCAUUGAAGCCGAUGCCUUCGAGGGGCUGUUGCAGCUCAUUUAUUCAGGGCGCCUCCGUCUGCCACUGGAUGCUCUCCCUGCCCACCUCCUUGUGGCCAGUGGCCUCCAGAUGUGGCAAGUAGUAGAUCAGUGCUCAGAGAUUCUUAGAGAACUAGAAACCUCAGGUGGUGGAAUUUCAACCCGUGGGGCCACCUCUUACCACACACUUCUUUCCACCACAUCCUCUCCAGGAGGCUGGUGCAUUCGCUCUUCCCCUUUCCAGACCCCAGUGCAGUCUUCCACCUCUGCUGAGAGCCCCGUUUUAGGGGAGGGGAGUGAACUGGGAGAUGUGUUACAAAUUCAAGUUGAAGAAGAGGAGGAGGAGGAGGAGGAAGAAGAAGAAGAUGAGGAGGAGGACCAGGGGUCAGCAGCACCCUCUCAGACACCUCAGCCUCAGAGAGUAUCAGGGGCUUUUCCCUGUCCUCAUGGAUCACACCCACUACCUAUAUCCACUACUCCCCGCAGGGUUUCAGAGGGUGAGAGUGCACCACUUGAGCCACCUACCCCUCAUACUGCACUGCCCCCCAAAGUCUUCUACAUUAAGCAGGAACCCUCUGAGCCUAAAGAAGAGAUAUCAGGAGGUGGAACUCAGUCUGGAGGAACAAAGGAGGAGACCAAAGUGUUUCCUGGAGGGGACACUGAAGGGAAUGGAGAGCUAGGGUUCUCGCUGCCCUCAGGAGCGGGGGCAGCAUAUGGAGGAGGAGGAGGAGGUCCAUCCUGGAAACCAGUGGAUCUUCAUGGGAAUGAAAUCCUGUCAGGGGGUGGGGGACCGGGGGGGGCAGGACAGGCUGUGCAUGGGCCUGUCAAGUUAGGAGGUACACCCCCUGCCGAUGGAAAACGCUUUGGUUGCUUGUGUGGGAAGCGGUUUGCAGUGAAGCCAAAGCGUGACCGGCACAUCAUGCUGACCUUCAGCCUUCGGCCCUUUGGCUGUGGCAUCUGCAAUAAGCGCUUCAAGCUGAAGCACCAUCUGACAGAACAUAUGAAGACCCAUGCUGGAGCCCUGCAUGCCUGCCCCCAUUGUGGCCGUCGGUUCCGAGUCCAUGCCUGUUUCCUUCGCCAUCGGGACCUAUGCAAGGGCCAGGGUUGGGCCACUGCUCACUGGACUUACAACUGACUGCUGAGGCCGUACACUAAUUUCUAGGAUAAGAGAGCCACUGCUGCUGAUGGAUACUUUGCCCUCACAACCGUCACACCCCUCUUCUGGAUCUUGUAAUCAUGCCAAGAAAAUCUAUAUAUUCUGGAUAUCUUGUUCUUAAGUGUAGGCAUCAACCUGGCAGAUUUGGGAACUCAGAUUUCUCAUCUCCAGGUUUUUGCAAACCACCCCAUAGGAAGGUGGUUUACAGGGCGUACAUAAAUUGAUCACUUGCCCAUAAUAGACCUUUCAUAAAGGAAACCAGAUUUCAGAUUAGAAGUUUGUUUGGUGAGAGAAAAGUUACAGCAAAA